AUGCAGUCCAUGGAAGGCAGCAAUCAGACGCUGGUGGUGACUGAAUUCAUCUUCUUGGGUUUCUCUGGGGUCCACAAGGGUCAGUCCUUCCUCUUCUUGCUCUUCCUGGCCAUCUACCUCUUCACCCUGGUGGGAAAUGGGGUGAUCUUCACCCUGAUCCAGCUAGAUUCCCGCCUCCACAGCCCCAUGUACUUUUUCCUCAGCCAUUUAGCAUUCAUAGAUAUCUGCUACUCGUCUGUCACCAUCCCCAAGAUCCUGGUGAACUUCUUGCACCAGAGACACACCAUUUCCUACAACCAGUGCAUGGCCCAGAUGUUCUUCCUGAUGAUAUUUUCUGCAACUGAGUGUGCCCUGCUGGCUGUCAUGGCCUAUGACCGCUAUGCCGCCAUUUGUCAACCCUUGCGCUAUGCUCACCUGAUGAGCAGAAGAGUGUGUGUCCCUCUGGCUACCGCUUCUUGGACCUGUGGCCUCCUGGCCUCCACCAUUCACACCGUGCUCUCCACCAACCUGGCCUUCUGUGGGGCCAACCAGAUCCACCACAUCUUCUGCGAUGCCCCUCCUCUUCUGCAAAUCGCCUGCAGUGACACCUACGUCAACGAGAUGGCCCUUCAUGUAGCAAGUGUGUUUGUCAGCCUGGGGACUUUCCUCCUGGUGGUCAUCUCCUAUAUCUUCAUUCUGUCGGCCAUCCUUCAGAUCCGCUCCAACACUGGCAGGCGAAAAGCCUUCUCCACUUGCGCAGCCCACAUAGUUGUGGUCAUCAUCUAUUUUGGGAUGGCCAACGUGAACUACAACCGCCCAAGCGCAGGCUACUCCUUGGAAGUGGACACCCUGAUCUCCACUCUCUAUUGUAUCAUCAUCCCCAUGUUGAAUCCUGUCAUCUACAGCCUCCGCAACAAGGAGGUGAAGGAAGCCCUGAGGAAGGUUCUGGGGGGCUUGAAGAAGGGCUCUGAUCUCCCUCACUAA